CGGAAGAAAAUGCCCAGGUCCUCCAGAUGGAUUGCAAUCUAGGAGGAGGAGGAGGCGGAGGAGGAGGAGGAGGAGGAGGAGGCGGAGGAGGAGGAGGCGGUGGAGGUGGAGGUGAAGGAGGUGGAGCCUGCGAGGAUGGCAAUGCGCGCUGCUCGUCCUGGGCACAGCGCGGCGAGUGUAACAAGAACCCUGACUACAUGCUCGUUAACUGCAAGAAAUCUUGCAACCGGUGUCCCAGAACCACCACCACAGCGGCGCCAGCAACAACAACAACUACAACAACAUCAACAACUCCUACAAACCCCACCGGUUGCACAGAUAACAGUGAGCACUGCGAGGCGUGGGCACAGACGGGUGAAUGCGACAUAAACCCUGACUAUAUGCACGUUAACUGUACGAAAAGUUGCAACCUGUGUCACAUCACCACCACCACCACUAGCAGCAGCAGCAGCAGCAGCAGCAGCACAGCCACCCCCACAACAACAGCAGCACCACCCAGCUCAACAACAACAGCGCGCAGCACAGCGGCGCCUCCAACUACAACAACAACUACCACCCUCCCCCCAGAUUGCGAGGACAACCACAGACACUGCCGGUCGUGGGCGCAGCGGGGCGAGUGUCGGAGCAACCCGGAAUACAUGAACACUUCCUGUCGGAGAAGCUGCAACCGUUGCGGCACUGACAACAACUGCUCGGACCUGAGUCCUCACUGCGGCUACUGGGCCGGCAGUGGUGAGUGUCGCAGGAACCCGACCUACAUGAACGAGAACUGCCGCGUGAGUUGUGAGCUGUGCUGAGGAGGGACGACAACCCUGUCACUGACAGAGUGACUGGUGGAAGUCAUUUUGAAAUAUUAUUAUUAUUAUUAUUACUUACAUGUUUUAUGUAUUCCCAAUUUACAAAUUUGUCUGUGGCAUUUCGUGACCUUAGAAUUACAUUACAAAGUUGUAUCUGACAUUUUUGGCGGUCAGAAACCAAUAAAUUAUAUUCUAAUUCUAUCUCAAUCUGCUUUGUCAAAAUCGCGAGAUUGAUCAGUCUGAACUUAUUAUACUCUGAACUUCAGAGUCGUUAUCAAGAUGUUCACAUAUUUGCAUUUGGAAAAGUUUGACCUGUUGAGAAACUCAAAAAUUUUUACGUCGAAUUUCUCAAAAGCAGCUAAGCAGAUAUAGAACUUUGUGAUUCUAGGGUAGCUAUUUGCCCCAACUUUUACCUCAGGAAAAAACCCAUUGUGUUUUGUCAGCUCAGCUUCUGCCUCACAAACUGAAAGCAUUUUCAAUGUGGCGUGACGACACACACAAGAACCAGACUAUUGGAGUACGGUCUGGGGGAUUCAAAGACUAUUGUGGGUGAAAUUCACGUGGACAAAAAAUAACCUGUCCCGCGGUUUUAUGCCAAAAAAUAAUAAUUCUGAAAUUAUGCAACUGAGCCCAAAAAUUGUGAAAUUAUGUGAUUCUGUUAAUUUUAACAAAGAAUGAUAAAGAAAAAUAAUC